AUAUAUCACUGCCUCAACCCACGCUAAUCUCCUGUCUUCCUAUCCUCUGGUCAUACCAGAAGCUGCCCAGGACGACGGACAGUUGUAUAUACUUCGAGUCAGCUCCAAACAUCUCAAGCAUCGUUACAUGCCGUCAGAAGCUUCUUCCGAAGUUUCCGAAUUAUCUAUCAGUGACACCGAGUCUUUCGCGGACAUACACGAGAUGUCGCCCCCUACAUCACCCACGCCGGCAAGUGCAGCGCCUGAGUCUGUGACGGCAGAGACCGGUGCCUCUGCACCUUCCGUUGUUCAGACGAUUCCGGCUGAAUGCAAGCACCCCAAGUAUUACUUCGACGAUGGUUUAGCUGUGUUUCUGGUGGGAGGGUUCAGGUAUUGCCUUCACCAGUACCUGUUCACUAGAGACUCGCCCUACUUCGCAAGUAUCUUUGCUCAUCGCUCGUCAUCUGAGGCCCUCGACCUGGCUGACAAGAAAUCCUCCGAUUUUGACGCUUUCCUGUCCAUCCUGUACUCAACAUCCUAUCGUUCGCCUAGUAUCACUUCUGUGGAUGAUUGGUCGGCUGUUCUUCGCCUCGCCACCGAGUGGUCCUUCAACGGCAUUCGCGGCCUCGCCAUUAAACGUCUAGGGCCGAUCGCCAGCUCUAUCGAGAAGAUUGUCCUUGGUUAUUCACUCUCGAUUCCCGAAUGGCUCCCAGCGGCAUACGUUUCGCUGUGCCGGCGCCCUCAUCCACUUACUGCUGCGGAA